AUGGAAUGGGUAAAGCGAAAAGAAAUGGAGAAAAUUUGUGAGCAAAAUGAAACAAUUUGUGAGGCGAGAGCCACUGAAAAAUUACUUGAAGAAAAACGAUUGAAAGUAAUAAGUAGAGGGGAAGAGUGUGACUAUCAAAGGAUUUUGUCUAUUGGCUGGGCGGAAAUUGAGCUCGAGGAAAAUUUGAAUCGUGAAAAAAAAAUUAUGGAACAAUCUCAAUGGAAUUGUGAAUUAACAAAAAAACUUGCCGAGGAAGUUUCACGACUUAAAAAUAAUGAUAAAGAAAUUCGGGAGGAGAAGCAACGUCAUCUAUUAAGAGCGACUUCACUCGAACUUCGACAAUUGGAGGGGCAACUGAGAAACGCCUACAACGUUAAAUCUUUGCAAAUUCAACUCAAUGAGAGGGAGGCAAUUCGAGCGAACAGCAGAUGUCGUGAAUUGCAACAGGAUAAAGCGAUUAAGGACUCCUAUCAAAAUGAUCAUUUCGAGCAUGAUAAUCGUGUUCGAGCUUAUGAGAAACGAGAACAAUAUCGUCACGAUUUACAGAAACAAUUAAUCACCAAUUGUCAAUUAAAGAGGAAUUUCAAAAUAAAAGAAUUCGAAAAUGAUCGUAAAUUAAGGGAGGAAAUAAUGCAAAUGCUUCACGGAGAAACAAGAAAAAACUCUAUUUUCUUACCAUCGAAUGGAAAACACGCGGGAAAGGAAAUUGCAGAACUCUUCAAGAACGCUCUUGCAGAACAUGAUUUGGAUGAGAAAGUUGCUGGUAUUACAGUGGAUAAUUUAAUUUAA